AUGGAAGGUCUAUGGGCGUAUAUGAUCACGCUGGUGGAGAUAUUUGGCGAAAUUCAAGAGCUGAGCAUGAGGGCUGCUCCAAGCUUGCCGGAUAAUCAAUGCAUGCAUGUCGACGACCAGGUGGCCUUUCUGGGCGAAGCUCUAUCAUCCUGGGAGGCAAACUUUCCUGAGCAUGAACUGGGUGGUCCCUUCGUGGCGCUGCAUCAGGGGUAUUAUCACUACCGCAUGCUACUGUAUUACCAAUACUUAGAUACCAAACGGGCAACUACAGAAAAGACUGCACGAUUCUCGAAAUUCUGUCAGCAUAGCGCUCUUGCCCAUAGUAAUCUGCUGGCUCUCCCGCGAGAUGUUGGGCAAUGCGACGUUCUGUAUGCAGGGGUAGGACACAGCACGGUAAUUUCCUCGUCCGUCCUGCUUCACACUGCCAUGUUCGGUGACUCGGAUGAAAUCAUGCCUGCGCAGCAAGCUCUUCAAGCCAAUUUCAAAAUGCUCCAAGAGCUCUCGCCAUAUUGGCCUUCCCUAGACUUGACCAUACGUCGUCUCAGUCAGUUCCAGCUGCGAUGUACCGAGGGCGAUGCGAUCAGGGCAUACGACUUUGACGAGUGGAUGGUAGCAUUUCUUUUGAGGUAUCAUUUGACGCUAGACGAGAAACGGUCUCGCGGGGUAGCCAAGAAUGACAUCGCUCUAUUCCCUGUGUGCUGA